UCUAAGUAUUUUUAUCUCCGAUAGAGGUCGGUAGACAUAUUGAAUCAAGUAUUUUGGCAAUAUGUAAAAUAGAAAGCGGGUAAUAAAAAUCCCCGUAAAUAGAAGAGUGGGGAAAACGACAAGUCUCAAAUUAAUAAACAAAAUAAAAAUCAGGGGGAGGAAUAAGGUCAAAGGAAAAAAAGGAGAAAACAGGAAACUAAAAUGUUAUCGUCUCUAUCGUUAAUUACUGUAACGCUCAAAAAAAAAAAUUACUUGCCUUUCCUUUCCCAUUGUAUUUUUUUUCAGGCUUCGGCCCUUUUAAAAGAACGAACCAACCAAAAUUGCUUGCAAUUGAAGGUACCUUUCCUUUCUAUUCAAUCUAAUUAUCCGCCUCCUCUCCAUUUCCCCUCCCCCACGCCUCCACCAAACCCUAAUCCCCUCCGCCCCCUCGCUCCCCACUCUAUCAUCAUGCCUCGAGAAGCGUGUACCGCUCUGGCGUUGGUUCCGCCCACACCGCCUGCGCCACAACCGGCGGCGGCGGCUGCGGCUGCUGUACCCGGUGGUGGUGCGCCAAGUACGACUGCGCUGGCUCCUGGUUUCCGAUUCCACCCGACGGAUGAGGAGCUCGUCAGCUAUUACUUGAAGCGUAAGGUUGGGAACAAGCCCGUUCGCUUCAACGCCAUCGCUGAAGUCGAUAUCUACAAAAAUGAGCCGUGGGAACUUGCCGAUAAGUCAAGAUUGAAAAGCAGAGACCAAGAGUGGUACUUCUUCAGUGCAUUGGACAAGAAAUAUGGCAACGGAGCAAGGAUGAACAGAGCUACCGGCAGAGGUUACUGGAAAGCAACCGGGAAAGACCGGGAAAUUCGUCGAGACCACCAACUCAUUGCGAUGAAGAAGACUCUUGUGUUCCAUAGUGGACGAGCCCCUGGUGGCCAGCGCACCAAUUGGGUUAUGCAUGAGUACCGUUUAGUCGAGGAGGAGUUGGAGAGGAUUGGGAUUUUGCAGGGCGAUUCAUAUGUUCUGUGUAGAGUGUUUCACAAGAAUAACAUAGGACCACCAAGUGGAAACCGCUAUGCUCCUUUCAUGGAGGAAGAGUGGGAUGAUGGCAAGCCUGCCCUUGUCCCUGGUGAAGAAGCAGCGGAUGAAGUUGUUGCUUGCAAUGGAGCUUAUGCUGAGAUGAAUCAUGUCGAGCAGGAUAAGUAUAACCUGAGCAAAGAAUCCUUCGAUUUCAAUGAAGUACCAAAGCGGACCCGAGACCUUCUGUCCCUGUGCAAGAAUGAAAGUGUGGAGAUGGAUGAGGAAACUCCCAUGUGCGUCCUCAACACAGAAGCUCCUUUCCCGCUGAUCCAAUACAAAAGAAGGAAGCACAACGACUAUGACUCUAAUGGUUCAGAGAAGUCGACCAGAACAACCCAGGACCAUUCCUCAUCUAGCACCACAACAGCUACUACUACUGCUACUACUGAUACGAUGAUGACGACAACUGCUGCAACUACUACAGCCAUAUCUGCACUGCUAGAGUUCUCCCUUAUGGAGCCCAAAGAACGCACCCCUCCACCUUCUCCCCCAAAGGAAUCCACAUUCACUGCUUCUAGCCUCGAGUCGCUGGUCCCUUCUGGUUGCAUGAAGUUCAUCAACGACCUGCAGCGUGAGGUGCACAAAGUCUCAGUUGAGAGGGAGACGCUGAAGCUGGAUUUGAUGAGCACUCAAGCUAUGAUCAACAUUCUCCAGUCGAGGAUUGAUGUUCUCAACAAGGAGAAUGAUGAUAUGAAGAGGAGCCUUCGUGAGGGAAAGUGAGCGAGUCCUUUCUAAUUUAAAGUAGCUGUCUCUUGGCACGAGUCGCCUAUGAGCUGUCUUGCCUCAAUGGGCGGGCAGUGAGUCCCUUUGUGUUUUAUUUAGCAGUAUGUUCGCUUGAGUCACCUAUCCCGCCCUUCCUGAAGGGCAGUAGGCCCUGUGGGGGGAGUUGGACGGACUUGUUAGCUUGUUACAUCUAGUGUGUCAGUAGCCUGUUGCUUUUCCCGGCUCGGUUCAAUAAUUUUGUCGGUAGAAGAGACGUUCGAAAUGCUGGAUUGGGACAAUCGUAGGCUCGGGAAAAGCUGAGAACUUUGUUUCUGCGUUCUGCCUAUGAGGCUGGUCGGUCUGUAACUUGGAGCAGUAAAUCUAGGUCUGGAUGUUCGUUAUAUUAUGAGUUGUAUGCCUUGUCUGUCAAGCUUACUAUGAACAGCAGAUUCUCGCCGACAAAUUUGUGCCAUGGUGAUCUUAUUUGGAAGAUAAAUCUAUCUCAUUCGU